AUGGAAGGCGCAUACAGCUUUGCCGACGGAGGCCCAGUUCCUCGUGGCGAUCCCUACUCGCAGUCAUACGCUGCUAACGUCUCCAAACCACUCCACUGCCACGAGGACCCGAUAACACACGCACACCCGAUCAAGGAGUCUCUUGCACAGCAGCCCGCAACCAACGAUCUCGUCCAAAAGUUCAAGCCUCGUCUUGAAGAUAGAUCCGAGAUCAAGUUGGAGUUCAUGCCCUCACUUGCUCGCAGGGCAGACCAAGACUUGCUGGACUACCUGCAGAAGCGCAAGAUCUCGUUUCACUUCUUAAACGACAUUGACGACUUUCUCAAGAGACACCCAGGUCUCUUGAAGGCUUGUCCGACUUGGUGCCACCAACUCAACACUCUUCCUCCCCUCCAAGCAUAUCUGUUCUUCGUCAAGGGUUACUUGCGCCCUGCAAGAUAUGUUGAUGGCGUGAGUACUUACAGCUCUUGGGUGUCCACGUUUCUCACUUAUCUCGGCAGNGCUCUUCCGGCUCCAGAAGAUGAUCAGAUUCCUGUUCAUCCCAUCUCUUUGGAGCACCAUUCUCACGACCCCGAGCUUUACGAGCACAUCACUGACAUUGGCCAAUGCCUGAAACUUCUAGGUCGGUUGGACGAGAUAGUUUGGAAACUAACCCAGGCGUAUCACUCUGAUCUUCGUCUUGAUGACAGUCAGGUCCUUUUGCUCACCAUGGCCACCUAUGCACAGCCCGUCGACGUACUCAAGUACUGGGAGUAUUGCUACUUGCCGAGCUUGCACCCCAACAGGUAUGCGCAGUCCUGGUUAUCAUAA